UAUUGAAAGUGCCUAUAUAUGAAAUAAAGAUUAGAUAUGGUACACCUUAGUGUGUGUUUAUAUAAUUUCAAUCGAUUGACCUAUUCAGCUCGUUUCUUGCGUCCACCGGGCUUCUUCAAACGCGCUGAAAUGCGUGAGAAGCCACGUCGCAAGACAGGACCGUUUGAGAACCCUGUGCGACGUUUUGUUCGUUUAAAGGAGAAGGAACGUAUCUUUUCACAGGUUCCGCUAGCUAGGAAGGUUCCUGUUGCUAAACCCAUUACUACAUCAUUCCUUCAACCUAUCGAAGGUGUGCCAAAAGUAUCACAGGAUGUAUUGCAGCGUCGUUUGGAGUUUCUUUUAUCAUCUAAAGCGGUUGAUCAACAACUGAGUGCAAAGCUUCGACCAGGGUUGACACCUUAUUUGGCAGAACUUUAUAUGUGGGAACGGCAAAUGCGUGAUUUGCGAAAGAUUUAUCGCACGCAAUAUUUACAGAAACUGGAUUCAGUUGUUGAAUCCGAACGCCAUAGGCAGUACCAACAAUAUAUUGAUUCAUCGCAAGAACGUCGUGACAAGGCAGAGCUUAGACGUCGUGCUAUCUAUGCCCGAGUAAAGGAGCGUGCUAUUCUUAAGGAUACUAUGCGCAUAGAGAAGCGCGUAUCGCAAGCGAUCCAACUAGAGAGGUUAUCAAAAAGAAAGAUAGCAAACAUAUAUUUCUUGCACAAAAUGCAAAAGGGUUUCAACCCGCCGAUGACGGAUGAGUCGACACCUGCUGUGGUUGAUAGGGAUAUCUCAAUUGUCGACUUAGCUAAAUACCUAGGCUACCCCGUAGAAGAUGCAUCAAGCAUUAAACGCAAAAUUAAAACGGGACGUCACUUCUUUAGGGAUAUUUUAAAGGAAUCAUUUGAGUUAAUGCCAGAAGAUGCUGAACGUUUUGAAGUAGAGGUCGAACAAUCUAAAUCGCCUUCAGAAAGGGCUAGCAUAGCCUACAAAAACUUUUCAGAUGAAGAAAAACUGCGCUUGUUGGAAACCAAGAUCGCGAUGCUGAAUGAAAAGAUUGACAAUGAUUCCAAAUUACAUGGGAAAUCUAAAGAGAAUAUAUAUAUCCAGAUUAGGGACUAUCUAGAUGCAGCACGCAUAGCUUACCUGGAGAAAAACCAAUUGAAAACACUAAAAUCGGGUUAACAUAUAAUAUCAUAAAAUUUAGUUGUGUAUGAGGCGGUAGAC